GGUGGGUGGGCCGACCGAUGGACAGACAGACACCUUUUUUUGUGGGUCACCGGACAGACACGAAUUAUUCUACAUCACAGAGUCUGUUCCAGUCCGUCCGUCAUCCUAGCAGCAGCUCAACCACAAUCACGAGCACGUUACACAACGCCAGCGGCACUGUAGAAGGCGCACAACCCGACACCAAACAUCCAUCCAUCCAUCGUGUGUGCGUGUGCGUGUGUGUUUGCCCGAUGUGCUUACUUCUGAGGUAUGUCCUGACGGCAUAGAGCAACAUGGCCACCUGGUUCUUCAGACCCUCACCUGCACACACCACACCAGUGUCGACACACACAAACCAUGGCCGGCUGUCCAUCCGUCUGUCUGUCUGUCCGUCUGUGCGCAUGUCAGUCAUCUCAUCUCACUGACCAUAUGCAGGCUUGUCCAGAGAAUCUUAAGGGCACACAGCCAGCACAUACAACCAUACACAUACAUAAACGCAAGCACAUCACACAUCGGCUGUCUUCGCUUUCUGCCUUUUCGUGUCGUGACACGUACGUACACUUAGCGAGGAAUCGUUUGUCGUGGAGGAUGGCGAGUGCGUUGGCAACAAACAGAGCCGCCUCCAGCAGAUGCAGCAGCGUGAACGCCAUGACGUCGACGAGAGCGAGGCAAGACACACGACCUGCUGCAGCUGGGCAGAUCUCUCCGACUACCCGGCCCCGCCUGUCCAUGUCAUUUCGUGUGCCGCCUGGUAUCUUCUCGGGAGAGAAAAACAAACGGCUAGAAGGGAUGGGCAGGACAGCAGCACGACAGCUGCAGGAUUCGAACCUGCGCGGGUAACCCUAGUGGAUUUCAAG